AUGGAGGAUAAUUUCAAGACAGAGUUAGAUGAUGUUAAAAAAGAAUUGGAGAAGUUUAGGGCAGAAUGCCGAGUUAAAACUCAAUACAUAGAAAGUUUGAAGAACGACCGCGCCGAGCGAUUUCAAGAAAUUAAGAAUCUUGCUGAGAAACGAGCGGGUGAACUCGAUCUCAAGUCGGGGAAGAUUUAUGAACUGAAAAGAAUUAAUGAGGAUUUGAAGUCUAGUUUGAAUGAAAAGGAAAAACACAUUGCACAUUUGAGUUUAGAGAAUAAAAAGAUUCAAGAAAGGUUAACUGAGAGGGUUUUGAAAUUGGAGGGGAGUAAUUCUGAACUGGUUUCGUCUUUGGAUGAGGUUAAUGCUAGAAAUUGUUAUUUGGAGCAGAAUGUUUCGGCUAGCAGCGAGGAAAUUUCGUGUUUAAAGUCGUUGUUAUUGGCUGCAGAGAAGAAGUAUAUCGAAGCUGAGGAGAGAGCUAUGCGAGCGAAGACGCUGGGAUUGAGAGAGGAUGUGAUAAUGCAGUUGCAGGAACAAAAUGUUUGUGUGCAAGACAAAAUGAAAUGGAGGAAUGAACAGUUUAAGCAUCUUGAAGAAGCUCAUAAACAGCUUCAAGAUAAGUUUCGAUUGAGCGAGGAGGAGUGGGAAAAGGAGAGGUCUUCGUUGCUCGAUGAAUUAUCUUCCUUGCAAAUCAGUUUGGAUUCUCAGACAAGAGCUUUGGAGGGGGUUCAAUCUCGUUUGGAAAUGUGUAACCAUGUGUUGGCUCGCGAAGAAAGUAAGAGGAAGCUCUUGGAGGCUGAAAUAUCGGACUUCAAGACUAGUUUUGAGAAUGUUUAUGGUCAGUGUGAAGAAAAGAAGUCUGAGAUACAACAACUGACUAUUAUGAGGAACGAUGAGGUAGCCGAGCUGAGAAACUCACUGGGAGAGAAAGAGGCUCUUGUGAAAGAAUUGAAGAGGAAAAUAGUUUACCUUGAACAAGAUAAUCAGGAAUUGGGAGAUUCACUUAAAGAAUUUAGGGAAGCUCAGAUUUGUGACGCUGGAGGGAAUUCUAUGACAUCAAAGCUUCGCAAGAAGCUGAAAAAGUUGGAGGAUGUUCAUAAAAACUGUUCUUCAACUCUCAAGUCUAAAGAAUGCCAAUGGAAUGAUCAGAUAGCAAAGAUGGAGGCUGAUACUGUAGGUUAUAAAUCUGCUUUGACCGGCAAAGAAGAAGAAAUUAGGGAGCUUAUGAUGGAAUUGGAAAAAAGUUACUAUGCCAAUGAAGAGAAUCAUAUUGAACUGUUGAUCUUUAAGUCAGUACUUGCUGAGGGUUACUCCAAUUCAUUCGGUAUAGAAACGGGUAAAGCGGUCUGUGUUGAAGCGAAUGAACAUAUGAUUCUAAACUUUACUGAGCAACUGAGAGUGAAAGAUGAUUCUCUAAAACAUCUGGCACAACAACAGUUUCUGUUGGAGGAAGAGCUUCAACAGCAGAAGAAAUUGCUCGAGGAAUCAUCUGUGGAUCAGUUUAUAUUGAAAGAGGAACUCUUGCAGAUGGAAAACACUCUAAAACAUGAGAGAAAAGUUGCAUUUGAGGCUCUCGAAAUGCUAAAACACGAAUUGGCCAGUAAAAAUGAUGAGCUGUCUCGGUUGGAUUGUGAAGCACAGAACUGGAAGUCUACUGCUGAAACGCUUAAGCAGGAGAUGGAAACUUCUCUUCAGUCACGGAUCGAGAACGAGCAAGCUCUUAAGCAGGAGAACAAAAACCUUCUCUGUAUUGUCAAGGAUCAGGAGAGGGAAACUGAAGAUCUUCAACUGCAGAUAGGUUUACUGGAAUCCUGCAAUGCCGAGAAAACAAAGGAAGUAGAGAGGUGUAAGCAAGAGAAUGAUGAACUUGUCAAAACCGUAAUGGAGAAGGAUUGUUGCAUAAAAGAUCUUCAGAAAGAUAUAGCCGUUACGUGCCUGAAGCAAGAGUCCAUGAAAAAAGAAUUAGAAGAUGCAGUUCUCGCACAUCUGGAUGCUCAAAAGGCCCUUGUGCAGAAGGAGGACCAUCUUUGGAAGAUUACAGAUGAGAAAGAUCAAACUAUAAAGCACUUUCAGGAGCUAGCUAAAGCCUCAGAACAAGAUCUAGUGGAUGUUCUAUGCUUCUCUUUUUCAAAACAAGUGGAAAAGUUGGUUGAAGUAUGCAUGCUUACCGAGGCUAUGAAGAAUGUAGAAUACCUGACAAAGUUAGAAAUUGAAGAGAAGAACACGAGAAUAAUGAAGUUAGAAUUGGAAAUCAACAGUUUGCUUGAGAAUUUGACACACACUGAAGAAUUGUGUUCCCAUUUAAAACAUGAAUCGAAGAAAUUUCAAACAUCAUUGGAAGACAUGGAGUUAGAAACUAAAAAGUUGACAAAGAAAAAGCAGGAGAUAGAACAGAUAAUUGCAGAUAUCAAGUUUGAGAAAGGAAAUUUGCUUCAAGUCAUCACAAAAUUAUUGACAGAAAGGGAAGACAUGUUGGCACUGAUUGAAUACAUCUAUGACAAACUUGGUGAUUUCUCAUCUAGUGAGGGUUUGCAGUUGAAGGAAGAACUAAGAAAUAUGUUGCAUACUUCUGAAAAUGAAACGGCAAUGGAUUCCGUUGUUUGUGAUAAGCUACAUGGUUCUGCUCAAGAUAGUGCAAAUGAUAUUCUUUGUCCUCCCACAAAUAAACAAAUUGAAGAAAAUUUCGAUGCGCGAUUGCCAUUGAGAGAAGUUAACAGUUUGCAUAUGUAG